GCCCACUUCCCGGUCCCUCCACUGAGAGGCAAGCUAGAGCUGAAGGGGAAGUCGUGUCACUAGCAGUAGGCUUGUCUUGCUUUGGAGUCUUUUCCAGGAGAGGACGGAUCCAGAGGCCAUAUGUUGGGAACAGCCCCCUGACCUUCCAGCAAAGCUAUGAUAAGCAGGCCCCGUGUCUGGAAACUCACAGAUGAGCCCGGGUGACUCUGACAGAAAUGAGUUAAGCAAUGCCAUCCCUGGGGCCCACAGCCCAGCAGCAGAUGUGAGCAGACAGUGGCCUCCACAGCCACAGUCAUGGCCAACAGGACCAAUGCCUCUGUCCUGUACACCAGCUAUGAAUAUUACCUGGAUUACUUAGACCUCAUUCCCGUGGACGAGAAGAAGCUGAAAGCCCACAAACAUUCCAUCGUCAUUGCCUUCUGGGUGAGCCUGGUGACUUUCGUGGUGCUCCUCUUCGUCAUCCUGCUCUACAUGUCCUGGUCAGGCUCCCCGCAGAUGAGACACAGUCCCCAGCCCCACCGACUAUGCCCACGGGAUCGCAGCCUCCACCUCCUCUCCUGCCUCCGGAGGACCUCCAGGCAGGCCACAGAGGACACGGGAAGCAGAGCCGGCUCUGACCAAUGGCUGCAGCAGGAGAGUCCCUCCGCCUCACCCCCUGUACCCCUAGCUCUCCCCUGGGACCAGGCCUGGGACCAGCAAGGUGCAGCGGUGAGCCUGGAGACCGAACUUCUCAACUGUCGAACGGAUGCCAGGGAGCCAGUCAAAGCGAGCUGAUGAAAACUCGCCAACAUGGACAGCUAUGCCUUUUUAAGACCAUUUACAAUGCAGCAAGACACUGACUGGGUCAAAACCAAGUCUACAAGGACUGUCACACCCAGGUUAACAGCCUGGCUAGGAUGGAGAAGCUGCCCCAGACACGGCCGAUUCUGCUGAACACGCUUAAUCUGCUUACUGCUCCCUUGCUUUGGGAUGCACGGGGAAUAAAACACGAAUCGGGAUAAAGACCA